CAAAGGCUGAUGGGAAAUGGAGUUCCAGAGGAUGGAGCCCCCCUGCAGAUGUUUACUCCCGGACACAGGAGGAUCGCCUCAGACUUCACAGAAGCCAGCAGAAAACCCUCCCCUGACAGUCCACAGCUCUCUAACAGGCACAAGCUGCGGAGGAAUCUGUCCAAUCAGAGCACAGGCUUCAACCAGCUGCAUAGCCACCUGCUGGAGAAGGCAGGGAUCAUCAACAAGACCAAGGUGGCUGACAACAGCAAGAGGAUCAGGAAGAAUUGGAGUCAGUCCUGGACCGUCCUCCAUGGGGGGAUUCUCACCUUUUUCAAAGACCCCAAAUUUACUCCAGCUGGGAAUGCUAGCAAAGCUUCACAGAUUGUUCCAGAAUACACCGUCGACCUGCGAGGAGCGUCCAUCCAGUGGGCCUCCAAAGACAAGUCCUCUAAGAAACACGUUCUAGAGCUGAAGACUCGGCAGGGCUGCGAGUAUCUGAUGCAGUACGACACAGAGAGCAUCAUCACUGACUGGUUCAAAGUGGUCCAGGAGACCAUCCAACAUCUGACAGUGCAACAUGUGGAACAGGAGCAUCCCAGUGACGAUGACGAUGAGACCGGCUCAGAAAAAGAGGACAAAGACAGGAAGAGACCCGCCAGCAGGACUUCUUCACAAGCUGACGCGGAGCAGAGCCGAAUCCGGCGCAGGCUGAGACGUUUCCUCCAGAGGAGGCCGACGCUGCAGAGCGUCAAAGAGCGAGGAUACAUCAGAGAUAACGUCUUCGGCUGCCACCUGGACACCCUCUGCCACCGGGAGAACACCACCAUCCCUAAAUUUGUGGAGAAAUGUGUCCGAACGGUGGAGAGGAGAGGUCUGGAUAUCGACGGGAUCUACAGGGUCAGUGGAAACCUGGCCGUGAUCCAGAGACUACGACACAAAGCCGAUCAUGAGGAACAUCUGGACCUGGAGGACGGGCAGUGGGAGGAGAUCCACGUCAUCACCGGAGCGCUGAAACUUUUCUUCAGAGAACUUCCAGAGCCACUGUUUCCUUUUAGCAGCUUCGAAAAGUUCAUCGCUGCCAUCCAAGUCCCAGAUUACAGCCUGAGGGUUUCCUACAUGAAGGACCUGGUCCGGACUCUGCCUCUGCCAAACUACAACACCAUGGAGCUCCUCUUCAAACACCUGCGCAGGGUGGUCGAGCACAAAGACUCCAACAGGAUGUCGGUUCAGAGCGUCGCCAUCGUGUUUGGACCCACGCUGCUCCGCCCGCAGACCGAGUCCGCCCACAUGACGGUCUACAUGGUCUUCCAGAGCCAGAUCGUGGAGAUCAUGCUCAACGAGUUCAACACCGUCUUCUCCGAGACGUAGAACCCCUCCAGAAUCACGUGGA